AUGACUACAUCUAGCACUUCUAAGCCAAAGAUAUUAAGAAUCGGAAAGAUUGAGUUCGGUACCAAAAAAUGGGAAGAGCUUGGAAAAGUUGCAGAGGUUAUCGAUUGUACCUCGAAAGAUAGAGAAGAGUUUUUCAAGGACUUAAAGAAUAAAUAUAGUGGGGUAACUUGCAUUACUAGAACUUUUGCUAGUGUCAGUCAAACGGGUAGAUUUGAUGAAGAAUUGUCGCAGCAUUUACCAGAGAGUGUGAGAUCGGUGAGUCAUACUGGAGCAGGUUAUGAUCAGAUCGAUGUUGAACCUUUUACAAAAAAAGGUAUUCAAAUUUCUAAUGUGACUACUCCAGUUGAGGCGCCUACUGCAGAUACGGCAGUUUUCUUGGUCUUAGCCACCACUAGGAACUUUCAACAAGGACAUGAUUUAGCCGUUCAAGGUAAAUGGCCCAAAGACAAGUGUGCGGGUGCAAAACUUGGACAUGAACCAGAAGGUAAAACCCUUGGUAUCUACGGAAUGGGAGGCAUCGGUAGAGCAAUCCACAACAGAUUAAAACCUUUCAAUUAUGGUAAAAUUAUUUAUCACAAUAGGAGUCAAUUGAAACCAGAACUCGAAAACGGAGCAGAAUACGUUUCAUUUGACUCUUUAUUGAGCGAUAGCGAUAUAAUUUUGAUUAGCGUUCCCUUGAAUGGUAAUACUAGGCACUCAAUCAAUGCUGAGACCAUUUCUAAGAUGAAGGAUGGUGUUGUGUUAAUCAAUACUGCCAGAGGAGCAGUCGUCAAUGAAGCAGAAUUGAUAAAAUGUCUUCAAUCUGGUAAGGUUGGUGCUUACGGCUCGGAUGUCUUCGAGCACGAACCAGAAGUACCCCAAGUCUUGCUUGACAUGCCCAAUGUUGUUAGUUUACCUCACAUGGGAACCCACACAUAUGAGUCAAUCAAAAACUUGGAAGAUUUUGUUGUGGAAAAUGUCUUUGAUUUCUUGUACACUGGUAAGGUCAAGACUAUCGUACCUGAACAAUACAGUUUGCAAAUUAAAGAAGGACCAAUUCUUUCGAAGUAA